UAUGCGCCUUACCGACCCAAAUGGCAGAGAGUUUGAUCUCGUCGGUGCAUUUCCCAAUCGGGACGUUUUGCAGGAAUAUGGGUCGGUAAGUGUAGCAGCGCCCAAAUAAAUUAGGGUUUUAGUUGGAGGCUCUUAUUCAACUACAUCAUUUGUCACGAAAAAUAAAAACCCUUCAGUUUUGCUUCAGAAAUCACCCAAUUCAUCUCCAACAUUAUGGCAUCAUCGAAAACCAGGAAGCAGAAAAAGAGCCGCAGCGGUCAUGUUUCAAUCGGAGUAGACUUAGUAUGCGACAUACUUAGCAGACUCCCAGUGAAAACUCUACUGCGAUUCAAGUGCGUCAGCAAGCAGUGGUUAUCUUUAAUCCAGCAUGAUUCAUACUUUAUUGAUUUACACCAUGCUCGAUCAAAAUCACGCCCAUGCUUCCUUUUCGCCAUGGCAGUACCACAAGAUUCUGAUAUCUGGAAUUAUUAUCACACAAACGAAACAAGCGUCGUACCUAGGAUUUUUAAUCGGACGACCGUGGUGGGAUUUGAUCCUUCCUUUUUUGUUCGGUAUUUAAAACCUGUAAACGGUUUGCUGUGUGUCAUUGAAUUCAUUGGUAUUAAAAUAUACAAUAUCACCACUCGAAAGUCAACUCCGUUGAUCGUUACAACAGACCAUCUUCUUCGUCGUCCAGUCUAUCAAUUUGGAUUCGACCCUGCCACCAAGGAACACAAAGUGAUUUGUAUAUGGACUUCAUACGGUGAGCAACAUAAGCAAGGUUCCGCUUGUUUGGGUUGCCAGGUACUGACUGUAGGUGAAAAUAGCACCUGGAGGAUGAUUGAUGAAGGCGUACCUGACAAUUACCAUAUUAAGGAAGACGCGUCUGUCUAUGCCAAUGGUUCUAUAUAUUGGAUCACCGCGGAGUUUAUGAAUAGCCUUAACAGUGAAGAGAAAGUCAUAGUGGCAUUUCAUGUUGGACACGAGAAGUUCAGAAAGAUCAUUGUCCCUCAAUUCGCGACGCUUGACUAUGAUUUGCAUAAUCCAGCUAUUAAACUAUUAGAAGUGAAUGAUCGUUUAGCUCUGUUAUAUAGACUACAUGGUGGCAGUACUGUCAAGCUAUGGAUACUUGAUGGCACUGGGGAUGAAGGUAAGAAGUAUAUAAGCACUGGCGACAUUGGAAGUUGUAUCCACUCAAGGACUGAACUAACUAUAAACUUACCUUUUCAAUGGGGUAUUACACGCUGCGUGGAGUUUCUACCGAUCCCAGGAACGGAGGAAAUUCUCAUGGAAAGCUAUGAAAGACAUGGACCUGGAGUACGGUUCAAAAGGAAUCCGUUUUUCUCCCUUCAUUCUUACAACUGGAAAAGCAUGACUUUGAAGGAGGAAUCCGUUGAGCGCCACACCUCAAUUCCUGUACUUAGACACGAGAAGAGAAUUAAAUUUGUAUCCUCGGCAUACUUUGAAAGUCUCUUUCCUGUUAUGAGGAAGUAG